AUGGCGCACAAACCACGUGCAACUAUUACCAAGGCCGAGCAGAGUGCUCUCAAGACACUGAGGGCUGACACCAGCAUCGUGACUCUACCAGCAGACAAAGGACGCUCCACAGUUGUGCUGGAUAAGGCAGACUACAUUCAGAAAGCCAAUGCCCUACUGGGGGACCGACAGGCGUACCUACCGUGUAACGAUGAACCGAUGAGGAAACUGGUGACGCAACUGGACAAGACACUCGCCGACAUGCAAACCAGCAAGACAAUAAAUAAGUCGGUACGACUGGCCAUUAAGCCAGUAGACGCGGCCGCACCACGCUUUUACGGACUGCCAAAGGUACACAAAGCCGGGGUGCCCCUCCGGCCAAUCGUAUCAUUGCGCGACACACCUACAUUCAAUUUGGCUAAAUGGAUGUUCCGAAACCUGAGGUCUCUCACCUCGGACGCGGUCACGACGGUCUGUUCAGCGACUCAGUUCCUGGAGCGGAUCAAAGGGAUGAGACUUACCGAAGACGACGUCAUGGUGUCAUUCGACGUCACUUCUAUUUUCACUUCGAUUCCGCAAGACCUGGCAGUCGAAACGGUCAGCGAGCUGCUCGAGAGUCAGUAUGACGAGACGGGCGUGACGAUAAAACGGAGACAUCUCGUCCAACUGCUGAGAUUCUGCCUGAAGACGUACUUUACCUUCGAAGGUACGACCUACGAGCAGGUCAAGGGGACGCCAAUGGGAUCGCCGCUCUCGGGCUUCAUCGCAGAGGCAGUUCUUCAAAAAGUAGAGACCCUAGUUUUCGCAGCCUAUUAG